AACGACCCUUUUAGUCUUCUUCCUCUCUUUCACAAACAAAUAUGCUUCGCAAUUUCACUUUUUAUCAUCAAAAUUGAAACCACUCUUUUCAAUUCAUAUCAAUUUCUCCAUCUUCUCUUUAUUUUCCUCUUAAUUUUAACUUAAUCAACACAAUUUUUAUUUUUAACUUCACUACCUAAAAAUAAAAAAAAUACUAUAUCAAAAACCCUUCUAAUUGUUCACAUCAACAUCAACAACCACAUGAGACAAAUCAAUUUCGUAGAUUUCAAAGCAAAUUAGCAAGAUCUUUUUUAUUUUAUUUUCGUUGUUGACGGUUUUGCAUCAACGAAAAAAGAAGUUGUUAAUUUCAAUUCCAAUUCCAAAGGUUUUCUUUUAGAUCUUUGGUUUUGGAAAUGGCGAGAGGAAGUAAAUCAGUGAGUAGUAAUAAAUGGAGAUAUUGUAAUCCAGCUUAUUAUUUGAAGCGUCCAAAGCGUCUUGCUUUGCUUUUCAUUGUUUUUGUUUCUGUUUCUUUUGUUGUUUGGGAUCGUCAAACUCUGGUCAGAGAACACCAGGUGGAAAUUUCUGAGCUACGGAAAGAAAUGUCAGACUUGCAAAAUUUGUUGGAAGAGUUAAAUAAUGUGCACAGUGGCACUGCCAGGAAAGUUGAAUUGAAGGAAAAAACUAAAAAGCCCACUAAAGAGGUUGUCGAUGAUCCCAUUGAUAUCGAAAGAAGGGAAAAAGUUAAAGAAGCAAUGAUUCAUGCUUGGGGUUCUUAUGAGACAUAUGCAUGGGGCCAAGAUGAACUUCAGCCACAGUCAAAGAGUGGUGUCAAUAGCUUUGGAGGUCUUGGAGCAACUUUAAUUGAUUCUCUUGAUACACUAUACAUUAUGGGUCUUGAUGAACAGUUUCAGAAAGCCCGAGAAUGGGUAGCAAAUUCUCUGGAUUUUAACAAGGAUUAUGAAGCAAGUGUUUUCGAGACAACCAUAAGAGUAGUAGGUGGCCUUCUUAGUACAUAUGAUCUUUCAGGGGACAAAUUGUUCCUUGACAAAGCUAGAGAUAUUGCAGAUAGAUUACUGCCUGCAUGGAACACACCUACUGGAAUUCCUUAUAACAUCAUCAACUUGUCGCAGGGACGUGCACACAAUCCUGGAUGGACUGGGGGCGAGAGUAUUUUGGCAGAUUCUGGCACCGAACAACUAGAAUUCAUUGUUCUAUCUCAAAGGACUGGAGACCCGAAGUAUCAGCAGAAGGUGGAGAAUGUAAUAACACAACUUAAUAAAACAUUUCCUGAUGAUGGUUUACUUCCUAUCUAUAUUAAUCCUCAUAGUGGAGCAACCGGCUACUCUCCCAUCACAUUUGGUGCCAUGGGUGACAGUUUUUAUGAAUACUUGCUUAAAGUUUGGGUACAGGGGAAUAAAACUUCAGCUGUAAAACUUUAUAGAGAUAUGUGGGAGAAAUCAAUGAAAGGUCUGUUAAGUUUGAUUAGGAGGUCAACGCCGUCUUCUUUCACUUAUAUAUGUGAGAAGAGUGGAGGAUCUCUCACCGACAAAAUGGAUGAACUAGCAUGCUUUGCUCCAGGGAUGCUUGCUUUGGGAUCGUCUGGUUAUGGUCCUGAAGAUUCGCAGAAGUUUAUGUCACUUGCAGAAGAGCUUGCUUGGACAUGUUAUAACUUCUACCAAUCAACUCCAACAAAAUUGGCUGGAGAGAACUAUUUCUUUCAUUCUGGGGAGGACAUGAGUGUUGGUACAUCAUGGAACAUCCUGAGGCCAGAGACAGUUGAGUCACUCUUUUACCUUUGGCGCCUAACUGGCAACAAGACAUACCAAGAAUGGGGUUGGAAUAUAUUUCAAGCUUUCGAGAAGAACUCUCGCAUAGAGUCAGGCUAUGUUGGACUAAAGGAUGUUAACAGUGGUGUUAAAGACAACAUGAUGCAAAGCUUCUUUCUUGCAGAGACUCUGAAGUAUCUUUAUCUUCUCUUUUCGCCUUCUUCAGUCAUCUCAUUAGAUGAAUGGGUAUUCAACACAGAAGCACACCCUUUGAGGAUUGUGACCAGGGACGAAGGGGGAAAUGUUAAGAACACAAACGAGAAGCAAAAACCUUUUCCUAGGUUAGGCGGCAGAAAGGAAGGUCGGUCGGGUUAGAUGUCCGUCCAUUCAUUCUUCUCCACCGUGAUUUGUGUCGAUGAACCCCUUUAACCAAAUAAGAGGAUUUUGUUCCAUUAUGGAGCUUGUAAGAUGACAGCAUUCCCUCAUUGGGAAGAAGUUGAGAAUGGGUUCAUGCUGCUACAAAUGGUGAGUAAUAUAGGAAAUAGAAAUAGGUCUUCAUAUCUUACAAAAUGGGUUUAUUCAAGGUGCUCGACUUUUUGUUGAUGACUAACCCUUCAUAAUAUUUUUUCCUUUCUGGAACUAAAUUUUCAGAGCAUUAUUACUUACACAAUUUAUGUAUCUGAGGCCUAUAAGCAUUUAAUAUCUGAGAAUUGCAAGUAGUGUUUUACUUAUUAUUUUUAAUGAAAAUUUGGCUUGUUAGUUGUUCAA